GUUUCUUUAUAUAUAUAUUUCCCAAUCAAAUUUCAUUAAAAAAGGGUAAAACUCUUGAUAUAUCUUUAAACCUUAUAAACAUUUCAUCAAGUACACAUUUGUAACAUUUUGAUCACCAUCAUUUGUGACAUGAAAGGGAAACAUGGGUCACCAGGAACAUACUUUACAUUAAACACAGGCGCGAAAAUUCCAGCCAUCGGUCUAGGAACAUGGCAAAGUGGCGGUGGGUUCUGCGUCGAUGCAGUAAAAACAGCAAUAUCAGUCGGGUAUCGUCACGUAGAUUGUGCCCAUCUAUACGGUAACGAAGCAGAAGUAGGGGAAGCAUUGUCACAAGUUAUUAACAAAACAUUAAAAAGAGAAGAUAUCUUUUUGACCUCAAAGUUGUAUUGUACUAUGAAUUCUAUAAACAAGAUUGAGAAUUCUGUUAGAGUUUCUUUAAAGAAUCUUGGAGUGUCAUAUCUGGAUCUUUAUUUAAUGCAUUGGCCAGAGAGUUCGGGUUUUGGUGAUGCAACAGACCCUCCUGCGAAUUCGGGUAGUGAGAAUAGACAGUUCAUGAGUAAGUUGAAAACAACAUGGAAAACAAUGGAAAGGUUAGUUGAGUUGGGUCUUGUUCGGGCUAUUGGUUUGAGUAAUUUUGAUGUUCUGCAGAUUAAAGAGCUGCUUAAGUUUGCUAAGAUUGUACCUGCUGUUAAUCAGGUAGAGUUGCAUCCUUUUUGGAGACAAGAUGAGCUAGUGAAGUUUUGUCAGUCAAACUCAAUCCAUGUAUCUGCUCACACACCACUAGGAGUACCAACCAGUAAUUCUGCAUCAUCAACAAACAGUGAUUCAAGCGAGUAUGAAACUGGAACCCCUCAUAUGUCGUUUAGAAGGUCAAGAUCAGUCCACGCACCAAUGCUUAAGUUAUCAGUAGUUGCAGAUAUAGCAGAUAGGCAUAGAAAGACCCCUGAACAGGUUAUCUUGAGGUGGGGUUUACAAAGAGGGACAAGUGUACUACCAUGUAGUGUGAAUCCUGAUAGAAUUAGGAAGAACAUCGAUAUAUUCAGCUGGAGUUUGUCGGAUGAUGAAUACAAGCGCUUAAACGAGAUAGAGCCACAAAUGUGUUUAUUUGGAAAGAGUGGUUUGGAUGGCAAUUAUUCAGAGAAUGAAGGGUCUGUUCUUGGAUGUGGUCCGCUUCAAGCCGUUUAUGAACUCGAAGAUGAUGCUGCUGCUGAUCAAUAGAACUCUUGAUCCUACUUGUUAUGUUAAACAAAAAAAAUGACAUGGCGUUUCCUUUUUUUCUUUUUCUUUUUUUUUUUUCGUGUGAUUACAGGAAGUUGAAUUCGUGAAUGUGUUCAAAGUAUCCA